AUGGAUGCGACAGAAAAAGAGAUAUUUACACUUAUUAAUAAUCAUCGUCAACAAUACGGUUUACCAUCACUUGAACCAUCCAUUAAUCUUGCGUAUGUUGCUCGUACACAUGCUGUUGAUGUGGUUGAAAACAAUCCAGAUGUUUGUGGUGGUAAUAUGCAUAGUUGGAGUAAUAAAGGAAAAUGGAAACCAGUUAGAUAUACAUCUGAUCAUCAACACGCACAAUUAAUGUGGAGUAAACCAUCUGAAACAAGUAAUUAUAAAUUUCAUGGCUUUGAAAUAUCCUCUGGUCACUCGGGUUCUUUAAGAAAAACAACUACAGUUAAUCCAACAGAAGCUCUUAAUAGUUAG